GUGCCGCGGUCAAUAGGAUUGACCAAUAGGCGUUUGGUUUUCUUCUCCUAGUUACAGCUCGACCAAUCAUCAACGCGAAUGCCGCAACGCGUUUUUCCGGCUUUGGGAAUCCACCCAGCCUGCUCUAGGCGACCAUGGCGCAAGAUUUGAAAGAUUGCAGGGUGUCUUGCAAACUUUUCUGGGAGGAUCUCCAGGCUCUGUGCCGCAGAGAAAGACUUGUUUGCAAACAGCUGAGUGUGACGAAGAACAACUUUAAUGACUAUGAAGUGGAGUAUCUGUGUAACUACAAAAAACACAAGGUAUGUAUGGACAACUGUAGUCAUUUGUGGAUCCAACUGUUUCUUCCGAUUUACAUUAUUCAUGUCAAAUCAACCUAUAAAAUAUGCCUGUUCAAGGGUCGAGAGUUCUUCCUGGUCAAGUGGAAAGGCUACACGGAGUCAGAAAAUACAUGGGAGCCUCUCAAAAAUCUUAAAUGCCCCAUAAUUUUACACCAGUUCCGAAAAGACAUGAAGACUGCUCUACUUCAGGCCAACAAACCUCUUGAUUCAGAGUCUUUAAGUGCCCCUAUCGUUUCCUUCCUUCUCCAAAAAGCCAAGCAACGUGUGAAACUUCAGAAAUGGGAACACUUCAUGAACCAGACCUGCGAGCAGAAGGGCCACAUAUUCGUCUGUAAUGAAGUUGACCUGUAUGGGCCUCCUACAAACUUCACCUACAUUAAUGAGAAUAAGUUUGGUAAAGAAGUGGAUGUGAGUUCAGUGAUAGUUGGCUGUGAGUGUGAUGACUGCUUUUCUCAGCCGGUCGGUGGCUGCUGUCCAGGGCUGCUGAAGCAUCGGAGGGCAUAUAAUGACAGCAGGCAGGUGAAAGUGAUGCCUGGUUUGCCCAUCUACGAAUGUAACUCCAAGUGCAGAUGUGGGCCAGACUGUUUAAACAGGGUUGUGCAAAGAGGUAUUCAGUAUGAUCUAUGCAUCUUCAAAACGGCUGAUGGCAGAGGUUGGGGAGUGCGGACGCUGCAGAGGAUUUACAAAAACAGCUUCGUUAUGGAGUAUCUUGGAGAGAUCAUCACCACAGAGGAGGCAGAGAGGAGAGGAGUGGUGUAUGACAAGCAGGGCGUCACUUACCUGUUUGAUUUAGACUAUGUGGAUGACGUCUACACCAUCGACGCGGCUCAUUAUGGAAACAUCUCUCACUUUGUCAACCACAGCUGCGAUCCAAACCUGCAGGUGUAUAAUGUUUUUAUUGACAACUUGGAUGAGCGACUUCCAAGAAUCGCAUUCUUUGCAAAACGAGGGAUCAAAGCAGGAGAAGAGCUUACCUUUGACUACAAGAUGACUGUUGAUCCAGUGGAUGCAGAGAGUUCCAAAAUGGACUCAGAGUUCAGUCGGGCUGGAGUUGAAGGAUCACCUAUCAAACGGCUUCAUAUGGAGUGCAAGUGUGGGGCAAAGAACUGCCGUAAAUAUCUGUUUUAAUCCAGCUCACACACAAGCAUAUGUGUACUAUGACAGACAUCAAAAUACAUGUCAAGAUCUUGCAUGGUUCUUGAAAUGUUUUGCUUUUACGUUUGUAUAUGCUUUAAAUAGAUUUUAAUUGGAAUUUGUUUAAUGCGUGAUGCUUGGUGCCUUUUAUUAAUUCAGGAAAUAAUUAAUUUGAUCCAUUUUCAGCACUGUUUUAAUAAAAUAACGCUUUCCAACAAUGACUUUUGUCAAGUUAAUAAAAUAGAACUUUUGGCGCUAUGCGAGGUGAUUUAUAGAUUCUCGAUUCAAAAUUGCUUACCUCAAUAGAUGUCUUUAUUUGCCACCAGAUGGUGCUAUUGUAUUCAAGUCUACAUCUCAAAAGAUCUGAAGUUUGUGAGAUUACAAAGAUAACCAUGUCAGAGUUGCAGAUUAUUAGAAAUAUAGGUGAAACAGUAUGUGCUUCAAUUUCUUUUAAAGUUACAGAAGGAUUUUGUAUGAUUGUUCCAUAAAUGUGAGCUAUAGACGCAAGUAUUUGUAACGCGUACAGCUGUUUCUAUCCAUGUAGUACACUUUAUAUCUAGCUAUUAUAAAGCUACAAGAAAAAACAGCAAUGAUGUGUGCAGUGAAUGUGACCGAGGCUGCAGCAGAACCUUACAGAUAGAGUCAUCUGGCCUCGCUUGAUCUGUGGCCUGAAUCCCCAGCUUGGGCCAGACAGACAGUCAGCUCAGCUCAGCUUUAACCUCUCGUGAGGAGGUGAGAUUCCUCCAGGCCAGCACUUUUUCUUGUCCCGCUCUCUCUCUCUGCUGCUGUAGCCUUUCUUCCUGCUAUCGUUCUGUUCAUUUAUCUAGCCGUAUUUCUGUUCCGUAGCUAUCUUUGCCCCAGUAGAACCUACGUAUAUGUUACUCUAUACGUAACAUCAGGAUAUUCUCUUUCCUUCCAGCGUGAGUCUGAGAUUGAGUGUUAGCCUUUAUUGGAUUUGCUGUGGAUCAAACCUCACUAAGCGCAGACCGGCAACAUUAAUCAGUUGACCUCACACAUAUGGUCUGAGCAUCUAACCAUGGCCAAUCUCACGCCGAGUGGACUAAUGUUCACUCGCCGCAUGCUGCUCAUCACUGGAACCUUUAGAUUACAAUAUUAUCGAGGCAGCCAUUGCGACAUCAAGCAGUAUGAUGGUUUUAAAGGCUCAAGCAAAUAUUCUAGAAAUGGAAAGAUCAGAGGGAAGUUGAAAAUCUGAUGUAAGGUUAAUCUAAAUUGUUGCUCUAUCAAGGGCAAAUGCCCAUUCUGUUUAGUUCAGUCACUCUGACACAUUAUAGCUGACUCACUCUGGCCCUUCUGCAGUGCGGACCAUCAGCUGUAAGUAUCAGGCAGAUUAAGGUCAAAGGUCAACUCAUAGUCCAAGCGGUGUGCCUGCGAAACUGCAAAAUUCAGAAGUGUUGACAAAAUAAUAGACUCAAAACUCCCAAGAAUAUUUCUUGCUGCACUGAUUAAAAUGCCACACAAAAUUAGGAGUCAAAAAUGCAACAAAAGUAAACUUUUAUUGUCAUGUUGGAAAAAAAAAGCCUGUUGAUUUACAGAUCAAGAUAUCUGAAAGCUGACUCACGUUUCCUCCUCACCCCCCAACCCCCCGCCUUUACCCCCUUCAUUCAUCAUGCAUUCACAAAUAAACAACUCCCGAGUUGCUCAACUAAAAUUUCAAUCUGAUUUCAUCCCAUGAUGGAUAGGUGCUGUCUAUUGCUCUUGUAAUAGUUAGCUGUAUGAGUGGCUUGUCAUAUUGAAGCUGUUUUUCAUUCAAUUUUUUUCAUCCUUUCAUCAGUUCACUGAGCUCAUUUCAUGUUCUUGUAUUUCAUUUGGCAAUUAUGAGAGAUUAAACAGAAUAAUUUUUUUAAUCAAGUCAGGCACUAUCAAUGAUUAUAUAAAAGGCAAAAAAUUAAGACACAUAUAUAAGUAAAACUUACCACAAAUCAAUUAUGUAAACAGGUUUUGCCUGCAAAUUAGAUGCAUUGUUUAGAAUAUUCAUUUUUGUCUAAUACCGCUUUUCAAAAUGGAUGUCAUGGUUUUUUAACUUUUCUUCAAUUUUUUUUUUAAUCUAAAAGUAUGCAGUUCUUUGUGUACAACCAUUAGUUUUAUCAAUUCUAAGCUGAAAAGACCCCAGAAUUGCACAUAAAACAAAAGAUGAUUGAUUAACUAUACUGUCAACACUAAAGCUAUGAAUUACUGAUUAAAAUCCAAGGAGCAACUUGAAAAUCAACAUUCAUUAGCCGCGUAUAUAUUUGUAAUUGAUACGUUUUUUUUAACAAAAAUGAUUUAUUCAUAUUUUGCAGUCAUUUUAAGGCUGGAAUUGCCAAACAAUUACUGCUACUGCUUUCAUGUAGGUGUGAAGAUGCAUUCCUAUGAGUGUUGGUUUGAAUCAACAUUAUGUCUUGUUUAAGGCUUAGCUCUUUGUAAUCUGUACAGAUUGUAAUCAAUGAAGUUUUAGUGGAUCAACUACAGGAGCGGUUCCUUUCAGAUGCUGUGUCUCUGACCUUUCACCUUUGCUUUAUUCCUCAUGGGUACCCAGUUCCAGCCACACACUCAUACUCAGUGUAAACACUCACACACACAUGCGUGGUAAAAAGAUGAC